AUGCGAUCCUCCGUCUUGAUCUCCACGCUUUCGAGCCUAUCCCUCCUACUGAACUAUGUCCCAACCACGAUUGCAACCCCUCUAGCGACAUCACUACCGGCACUAUCACUGUCAGCUUUGCAGAUUUUGGAGGGAAAUGCGCUCGAAAAGCGGUGCGAUAAUCCCUGCGGUGCAAAUAAUUGGCUUUGCUGUGGAUCUGGCGAAACCUGCUACACCAACAGUCUCACCCAGGCAGCAUGCAGUACAGCCUCCACUGAAUGGGACUAUUACACAACAACCUAUGUGGUGACCGAGGAAGACACAUCCACCAUCACCUCAGUCUGGAGCUCACAAGUUACAACAGCGGCGGCAGCUACGACUACUGCAAGCUGCUCAGCCGACCUGGGCGAGUCAACGUGCGGGACCACCUGUUGCGACGCGGCCUCGGAAUGCGUGGAUGGCCAAUGUGUUGCCGAAAGCUCGUCUGCAGCAGUGACCGGUACUGCUACACCUGCGGCACGAGAAACCAGUAGCGGCGAGUCUACUGCGACAGCAACAGCAGCCGCCACUACGACCGAAGCAUUCAUUGCGCCCGUGAGCACAGACGGAUCUGAUCUUAUUGGAGCCAAGGCUACCAGCAAUGGAGGUGGACUGAGUGGCGGGGCCAUUGCAGGCAUCGUUAUCGGAACGAUUGCUGGUGUCAUUCUGCUCUUCCUGUUGUGUGCUUGCUUCUGCUUCAGGGAGGCUCUAUACGGUCUGCUUGCUGCGCUUGGUAUGGGCAAACGUCGCAGAAAGCAAGAAACUAUCAUCGACGAACGCUACUCCCACCACUCGCAAGGUAGUCGUCCACGUCCUCAGGGUGGCCGAACGUGGUUUGGAAGUCGGCCUGCUGCCGUGACGAGCGAGAUCAGUGAGAAGAAGGAGUCUUCCUGGAGCAGCUGGGGAACGGUUGCGGUUAUCCUUGGUGCGCUUGCGCUCUGCUUGGGAUUAAAACGACACAAGGACCGCGACGACGACAACAGAACCGAGAACAGUUAUCCAAGCUCGUACUAUUACUACUCGGAAUACACCCGAACGACAGCUCUGGAGGACAAACUCGAGACACACGACGAUCUCGAAGAUCUCGCACACGAUCACGACGCUGAAGAAGUUGACUAG